AUGGCAGCGCUUGCUGGUGUCUUCGUGUGGGAUGAGGAGAGGAUCCAGGAGGAGGAGUUACAGAGAUCCAUUAAUGAAAUGAAACGGUUGGAGGAAAUGUCAAGCAUAUUUCAGAGCUCUGGAGUCGAGCAUCACCCUCCAGAAUCAAAAUCCCAAACAGAAGGGAAUGAAGAUUUAAAGGACAAAGAGGAACCAUGGGAAAUGGCGAUGGAUAAAAAACAUUUUAAACUGUGGCGGCGCCCAAUUAUUGGCACCCACCUUUACCAGUACCGAGUUUUUGGAACCUACACAGAUGUGACACCUUGGCAGUUCUUCAAUGUUCAGCUGGACACAAAGUAUAGAAAAAAGUGGGAAUCUCUGGAGAUCAAGCUGGAGGUAAUUGACGUGGUUAGUGGUUCUGAGGUUCUUCACUGGGUAACCCAUUUCCCUUAUCCGAUGUACUCUCGGGAUUAUGUUUAG